GUUACAGAAAUGAAAACUCGAAAGACGACAUCGGAAGCGACAAAAGCAUCGAAAAAAAGACAGCAACAAAUAACUUUUGGGAAUGGGAGGAUAAGGGGUUUGCCCAUUCAGACUGCUUCAUCUUCGGGAACCAUUGGGAACGAUGAUAAUAGAAGCAGGAGGCUCCCAGCGGCGAAGAGAACUCGACUUAAUUCACGAACUUCUACAGGCUUAUCUGUCGUUGUGAGAAAAAGCGGAAAAUUUUCGGCAAAAGUCAAGGAAUAUAAGCAGCAGAAAAGUUCUCCCUCUACAUUUUCUCCAAUCAAAACCAGAGGACUACACAAAAAACAGUCACGAGGAACAGACCACUGUCGACUAUGUAAAAUAGGUGCUGAUGGUUUUAUGACAUGUUCUGUUUGUGAAAGCAAAUACCACUUGGAAUGUUUGGGGUAUGCGCCAGAAUCUGUACGUUUAGUGUCUGAAAAACGAUUCUACACAUGGCUUUGUCCAACAUGUAUAUAUUGUUACAAUUGCAAUGCGUUCAUAUAUGACCCGGAAAAUGUGCAGUGUUUUGCAUGCGAUGCAGCUUUUCAUGGAACUUGCAGACCAAGUUCUGGAGCAUGGAUGAAUUCCAAGGAUCCACUUUCAAAUUGGUUCUGUUCAGAAUGUAAACAUAUUUUGGAUGUCGAAAAUAAUGAAUCGUCAAAUAGCUCCUCUUCAUCAAAUAGCUCUGUGCAAGAAAAUGAAUUAGCGAGGAGGAAGUCACAUUCCUGGCACGUAAGGCGUGAUUACACAGCAGCCUUUCUCUGGAAAACCAGGUUACAAGCUGAGCGAGAUGCUAUAAACGAUCAGCUGAAAGAUUCCUGUCAUCGAUAUUUGAAGGAUAAAGAACAAAAAGAAAAAAAUCAAAUAAGGCGACAAAUUGAAAGAGAGAAUUUUUCAUUAAAGAAAAAAAUAACUGCAAAAAACCCUAAGAAAGUAAAACGAAGCGAUUCGGAAAAUGAAUCUGCUAGGCAUAUUAAUAUUGUUGAUGGAAUUAAAAUUUCUAAUAAUGCCAAACGGGAUGCUUCCGAGCAGUUAACAGAGCUUGAAAAACAUAGAACGAUGAAGGAUAAUUCAACUGCUUUUGACUAUAAUUUAUACACGACUGCUAAAAAAGAAUUUUUGGCAUCUCAACCAUCGGAAGAUUUGAAUGCUGAUGAAGAAAGACCUCCUCAAGCACAGUGGAUCCAUUUCGGUCCCGAAUGUUUAUUGGCAAUGUAUCCGUCACCCUAUCCAAAACGUAUCGCGCAGUCAUCCAAUGUUUACUUAUGUCGAUUCUGUCUUAUUGCUCUUGAAGAUUCUACGCUAUACGAAAUACAUGCGGCUCACUGCGAAUGGAAGCAUCCACCAGGAAAUGAAAUUUAUCGGGAAGGUAGACUGUCAUUUUGGGAGAUCGACGGCAUCGAUGAAAUCGCAUAUUGUCGAAGACUAUGUUUGCUUUCUAAGUUGUUUCUGUUUUCGAAAACUCUUCAUCAUGAGGUGGAAACGUUUCUAUUUUAUAUCUUGACGGAAUAUACAGCUGAAGGUUAUGUGCUGUUAGGCUAUUUCUCAAAGGAGAAAAAUCCGAGCAAAAACAACAACUUGAGCUGCUUAUUGACGCUUCCAUCAUCACAGCGAACUGGAUAUGGCAAAUUCCUCAUUGAUCUCAGUUACAAACUUUCCCUGCGAGAGCGGAAAAUCGGUGGACCUGAACAUCCACUUUCCGAUAUGGGUUUAAUCACAUAUCGAAGCUAUUGGAAAGCAGUGAUCAUAUGCUACAUUCGAAAGCGACGACCAAUGAACUCUUUCUCAAUCAAAGAAAUGAGCAAUGAAACCGGCAUACAUUCAUCAGAUAUCAUUAAUACAAUGCUUGAAAAUAAAAUGCUGAAAUAUCGCGAUGGAAACUACUUGAUUAAUAAAAGAAAAGCAUUUGCAACACCGUUGCGUAUUUUUCGCCGUCGAGUUGUGCAUGAUGAGAAACUUAUUUGGGAACCUGAAUUUGACGUCGAAGAUGCGUUUAAAAAGAUGGGAACAUAUGUUGAUUAGUCAAUGAAUUCGGCGUUUGAACUACUGCUCAUUCAUCAAAAAUUCCAAACCCAAACAAUUUUACUUAUUUUUUCACUCACAAUAAAUAUUAAUCGCUUCAUUUCUCUCCUUUGUUAUUCUUUUAAUGAGACAUAGUAUCUCAUCAUUAAUUUAUUUUUUACUGCGUACUGCAAUGUUCUGAAUAAAGGUUUGC